AAAACGAAGACCUACGACCUAGAAAACGACGACCUAGAAAACGACGACCUAGAAAACAACGACCUAGAAAACGACGACCUAGAAAACAACGACCUAGAAAACGACGACCUAGAAAACGACGGAUCGGUUUAGUUUUCUGGGCAACCGAGCUCGAUACGAGUUUAUCGAGCUCGAUAUGUCAACCGUCCUCGCUUUGUCGAUACCGAGCUCGAGGCCUCUCACUUUUCCGGGGGGACAAAGUAAAAAUAGUUAUCGAGCUCGAUGACUUAUCGAGCUCGGUGACUUAUCGAGCUCGGUUUUUCAAGAGAAGAAAAAAGAGAAAAAAUGGAAAUUAAAGCAAUAAUAACCACAUGGAGUACAAAUAGACGACCUAGAAAACGACGACCUAGAAAACGACGACAGGGAUGGGGUAGCUCGAAGGAUUAAG